AGCUUGACCCACAUUUCAAGCAUUAAUGUGAGGAUUUAGAUACCAUUCCCUGUCUAAAAGUUCUAAUUAUUUGGGAGUCUCUUAUCCCCAAAAUAAAACCAUAGAAUUUAACCCCAAGAAACUGCUAACUUGGAAUUGUUUAAGACACCUUUGGAAUAUAUUGCGAAGAGAUCAAAAACACGAGGAAAGGGAUGCCAAGGCUACAAAGGAAUAUCUUCUAGGGCUGGGUUUGUCUUUAAGUUUCCCAUCUUUCUUUCUUUGUAUAUAUAACACACAACUAGCUCUUGGUCAUGGCAACGGUACUAAAGAGAACAUUUGGCUCUAUCAUAUCAUCCAUUGCAUACUUCUCUUACCUUGACUACCCGGAUCACCAUUACAAAAGCAACAGCCACUUCAAGAAAAUCAAACACAACAUGCCAAAGGGUCGGCCCCUUUCGUUGCAGACUGUGGAGCUCAAAGUCAGGAUGUGCUGCACUGGCUGUGAGAGGGUUGUCAAAAAUGCCAUUUUCAAGCUCAGAGGGAUCGAUUCCGUGGACGUAGACCUACCGAUGGAAAAGGUGACGGUAAUCGGGUACGUUGAUCGCAACAAAGUUCUCAAGGCAGUGAGGAGGGCUGGAAAGAGGGCAGAGUUCUGGCCCUACCCCAACCCUCCUUUGUACUUCACAUCAUCCGGUGACUAUUUCAAGGACACAAUCAAUGAGUUCAAAGAGAGCUACAACUACUAUAGGCAUGGCUACAAUGUUGGGGACAAACAUGGGACAAUUCCAGUGACUCAAAGGGGGGAUGACAAAGUUAGCAACAUGUUCAAUGAUGAUAAUGUUAAUGCUUGUUGCCUCAUGUGACUCUGCUAUGUGCUAUGUUAUGUAACAUGUUCCAUGAUCAUGAUCUUAUGUACUUUUUAUAUGUUGUUGUUAACUAGUACAUGUGCAUAUGGUUUGGAGAAAAAUAAGAAGAAAUCUGUCCAUCUCCAUAUCUUAGUGUUGUACAGUAUGCAGGCUUGGUUUUAUGCUGAAUAUUUGUAGGAGUGGGGAAUAUAUUCAAUGGAGCAAUUUCAAGGACUUAGAUG